GCGGCGGCAGCCGCGGGCGGUGGGAGGGGCCGCGCGGUUCCGGCUGCCCAGGCUAGGCGACCCUCGGGUUGGCACCGCAGGCUGGAAGAGCAGGUCGGCAGGCGGGUGGCUGCGGCUUUCCGAAAGGCUCGGGCGGCGGAGUCCCGCCCGGCGCCCGGCGCGUCCCCCGCUCCCUCGACCUUCGGCGUUGAGGCGGGGGAGAGAGGAGAUGCCGACCCAGAGGGACGGCAGCACCAUGUCCCACCCGGUCGCAGGCGGCGGCGGCAGCGGAGACCAUUCUCACCAGGUCCGGGUGAAAGCCUACUACCGCGGGGAUAUCAUGAUAACACAUUUUGAACCUUCAAUCUCCUUUGAGGGUCUUUGUAAUGAGGUUCGAGACAUGUGUUCUUUUGACAGUGAGCAGCUUUUCACCAUGAAAUGGAUAGAUGAGGAAGGAGACCCGUGUACAGUAUCAUCUCAGUUGGAGUUAGAAGAAGCCUUUAGGCUUUAUGAGCUAAACAAGGAUUCUGAACUCUUAAUUCAUGUAUUCCCUUGUGUACCAGAACGUCCUGGAAUGCCCUGUCCAGGAGAAGAUAAAUCCAUUUACCGCCGAGGUGCCCGCCGCUGGAGAAAGCUUUAUUGUGCAAAUGGCCACACUUUUCAAGCCAAACGUUUCAACCGGCGUGCUCAUUGUGCCAUCUGCACUGACCGAAUAUGGGGACUUGGACGCCAGGGAUAUAAGUGCAUCAACUGCAAACUACUGGUUCAUAAGAAAUGCCACAAACUUGUCACAAUUGAAUGUGGGCGACAUUCUUUGCCACCAGAACCAGUGAUGCCCAUGGAUCAGUCAUCCAUGCAUGCUCCGACGGUAAUUCCGUAUAAUCCUUCAAGUCAUGAGAGUUUGGACCAGGUCGGUGAAGAAAAGGAGGCAAUGAACACCAGAGAAAGUGGCAAAGCUUCAUCCAGUUUAGGUCUUCAGGAUUUUGAUUUGCUCCGAGUAAUAGGAAGGGGAAGUUAUGCCAAAGUACUAUUGGUGCGAUUAAAAAAAACAGAUCGUAUUUAUGCAAUGAAAGUUGUGAAAAAAGAGCUUGUCAAUGAUGAUGAGGAUAUUGAUUGGGUACAGACAGAGAAGCAUGUUUUUGAGCAGGCAUCCAAUCAUCCUUUUCUUGUUGGACUGCAUUCUUGCUUUCAAACAGAAAGCAGAUUGUUCUUUGUUAUAGAGUAUGUAAAUGGAGGAGAUCUCAUGUUUCAUAUGCAGCGACAAAGAAAACUUCCUGAAGAGCAUGCUAGAUUUUACUCUGCAGAAAUCAGUCUAGCAUUAAAUUAUCUUCAUGAACGAGGGAUAAUUUAUAGAGAUUUGAAAUUGGACAAUGUGUUAUUGGAUUCUGAAGGACACAUUAAACUAACUGACUAUGGCAUGUGUAAGGAAGGAUUACGGCCAGGAGAUACAACCAGCACUUUCUGUGGUACUCCUAAUUACAUUGCUCCUGAAAUUUUAAGAGGAGAAGAUUAUGGUUUCAGUGUUGACUGGUGGGCUCUUGGAGUACUAAUGUUUGAGAUGAUGGCAGGAAGGUCUCCAUUUGAUAUUGUUGGGAGUUCUGAUAACCCUGAUCAAAACACAGAAGAUUAUCUCUUCCAAGUUAUUUUGGAAAAACAAAUUCGCAUACCACGUUCUCUCUCUGUAAAAGCUGCAAGUGUCCUGAAAAGUUUUCUCAACAAGGACCCAAAGGAACGUUUGGGAUGCCAUCCUCAAACAGGAUUUGCUGAUAUUCAGGGACACCCAUUCUUCCGAAAUGUUGAUUGGGAUAUGAUGGAGCAAAAGCAAGUGGUACCUCCCUUUAAACCAAAUAUUUCUGGGGAAUUUGGUUUGGACAACUUUGAUUCUCAGUUUACUAAUGAACCUGUCCAGCUCACUCCAGAUGAUGAAGACAUUGUGAGAAAGAUUGACCAGUCUGAAUUUGAAGGUUUUGAAUACAUCAAUCCCCUUUUGAUGUCAGCAGAAGAAUGUGUCUGAUCUUCAUUUUUCAACUAUGCAUUUUGCUUUGUGGUCAUUUAAUGCAUGGGUAAACAUGUUACCAGCCUGGAAACAAUGAUAUAGAGUUAAAAACUAACCAUUUUAUAUUUCCCACUUACAAAAAAACAUUCAGUAUCUUCUAUUAUUGACUGUAGUUGUCAAUUAUUACAUCUAUAUUUAGCUGUGAAAAAAAAUUGAAGCUAAUUGCCAGACAAUUAUGUCAGAUUUUAGUUGUACUGGUUGUUCAGUAGCCUACUGAUGAGUAAUGAAGUUGUCUUUUCUGUUUAAUGGAAAUACUUGCCACUGCUGUUAAAAGAAUAUCUGCUAUGUUGAGGCACAUAGUAGGAUUACAUUAUAAGCUUCCUAUUAUUUUUGUCUUUAAGUGUUUAAUUUUUGAAUAAAAGAUUAAUUCAAAUUGUAACAUCUUUUUAUAUUACCUAUUAGUUUGUGGUUUCUCUAUGUUUAAAAAUUCAGCUAUAAGUUUUAUUGCCCUGGAUAAUUAAAUUACUGAUUUUAAGGCAAAACCGUUAUUAAAUUGAUUGGUAACAAAAAGUAUUGCUUGCUUAGAAUUGGGAACACAGAUUCUCCUUGUGGGGAAAAAAAACACACAUUUUAUUAAGAAUUAGAUUUCAAAUCAUUAACUCAUUUUCAAAAACUGGUGCAAGUGAUUUUUUAAUAUAUUAAAGGGGUAGAUUCUGAGUUUGUCCCUUUAGCCAGAACUUUAAUUGGAAUGUUAAUAAAUAUAGUUAGGAAGAUACAGGAUGCAGUUGAAUGGAAAUUUUCUCAGUAUCUAGAAAAGAAAAAGAAAAUUUAAAAUAGAUCCAGAAAAGUGCAAUGGUAAUAUUUAUUUGUCAUUGGAGAGUGAAUUCCACAAUGGCUUUUUAUAACUUGAUUUAAAUAAUGGGGAGCACUCAUUACCAAACUUGAAAAAGCUCUCCAUUAUUCAUUGGAUGCAGAAUGUAUAUUUUUUUAAUAAUUUAGUAUAUAGGAAAAGAAUGUAUUUUCCAAGUAGUAUAUCUUAACUAUGCCCCCCCCCCAAAAAAAAACCCCACAUUAUCAUACAUUUGGAUUCUAUUUAUGGAGUCUUCAAUAAAGUCCCCCCCCCCAAAAAAAAAGAUAAGUAAACAUGAAUAAAUGUUCAGGACAUACACACACUCACAUGUAUCAUAUUUCCAUCUUCUUAAGUGAAGUUUUGUUAAGUAGGUAAUGUAAUACAGAGUAGAAUACAUUUCAUGGGCAGAGUUCUUCAGACUAUUUUUUAUUAAUAUUAGUGGUUAACAAUUUAUUAUUUAAAUAAAGAGGUGCCAGAUAUAUCAUCCUUCUGUUCUUUAUUUGAAAUAUUUUUUUUUUAAUGAAAGGACUUUAAAGUAACUAUGAUCCAUCCAAAUUAACUUAUAAUUGUCCAAUCUGAGUAAAUUUUAUUUUUAGGGGAAGCUAUUUAGUCUUACAUUUAGAAUGAUUUAAAAUUUUGGGGGAUUUAAUACAUAUCUUUUUGGAAGCUACAUUUCACUAGAUACAUAGUUUUCCAAAGUUUCUGGCCAUUAUUGUAUUGUCUUCAGAUAACUAGUCUGAAAGCAAUGAAAACCUCAAAGAAAAAUGUUUAUAUAUAAUCACAUUUCUUUGAAAGGUAUUUGUUUCUCAUAAUACCUGAAACUUGUUUUAAUAGAAAAAGCAGUAUUCACUUCAAAUCAUAAACUUAUAAAGAAAUCUGACAUCUUAUGUCAGAAAUAUGUUUGUGAUCUUGCCUUUAAGUGGUGCUGUUUUUCCCUAAAGCAUUAGUUCUCAAGUUUUAGAAUGUGAAAUAAUCAGCUAGGGAGUUUAUUUAAAAUGCACAUUCACUGGGCCCACCUCAGAAUUCCAAUGUGCUUUUGGACUUUAUUUUGGGAAACACUCCUGUAGAGUUACUCUUUUCUUUUUCCUGUGGCUAAAUAUUAGCAAGAAUAUUCAUGAUAAAGCAUUGUGAGGAGGGGUAAGCGGUGAGUUACCACCUUAUCCACGAUUUUAAACAAAUUUUGAAUGAAUGACUUCAAGUUAGAUAUCUUCUCCAAAAAAAAAAAUCCAUCAGUUGUGUACCAAUAUUACAAAUGAGCAUUUUUCUAUGAUGAGGUUUUCACCAUUAUUCAGGGUUGUCUUUUGUUUUUAAAUCUUUUUUAACUAAUAAGAGCUAAUGCAUAUAUUUUAUACAGAAAUGCAUUACAAAUAUGUUUUUAAUUGUGUUCUGUUUUUACAGUCUUUAAGUGCCAUGCCAAUUCCUUUUAUAAUAUAUUGUAGAAGUUCUGUCAAAAUACUCAAGAGGGGACUAAGGCAGUAGACAGUCAAAAUGGCCAGAAUUUUGAUGUUCUAAGAAAAAUUUUAUUUUGCAUAAGCAUGGUAUUUGUGGUCAGAUCAUUUUAUAUAUGUGCAGUCUGUAUUGGACACUGGGUAUUGUUCAGUACCGGUACUUUUACUUUAAAAAAAUUGUUUUUUGUCAUGUAGAAUACUGCCUUUGUCAUCAUAAUGAAAUUUGUAUUUGUGUACCUUUUUUUUACUUUAAAAUCUUUAAAUAAAAUGUUUAAUACCCA